AUGACGCUGGUCGGCUCGCGCUCAGCCCCGCUGCCCGGACAGCUCGCCGCCAGGUCACAGGCCACGGGCCCGCCAAAAAAGGGUGGCGUAUCGCCGGUGGCAGUCGGCGCGGCAGCCGUGACCCUCACGCUGGGCGGUACGCUAGCCUACGCCUGGCUGGACCCCACGUUCCGGGACACGCUGGAGGCGUCCGUGCCGUACGCGGACGUACCGCUCGGCCUCGUCCUGGGCGAGAGGAUGCCACAGCCGCCGCCGCCGCCGAUGCCGGAGGUGCCCUCCAAAAUUCGGCCGAAAAAGCCAGCUCCAGUAUCUGAAUCAAAGAAACAAAAAGCCGAGGAUAACGCCUCGAAGUCUGACGCAAAAGUGGAUGAGGCGAGCCGAGCUGCCGAGCGGGCUCGCAGCGUCGAGACGGACCACGCCGUGGAGAACCUGGCGCUGGAGCAGCUGCUCAAGGAGCUGAGUCAGCAGGCGCAGAUGGCGCUGGACGUGGCCGUCGACGCCCAGCAGCGCCACGUGGAGCGGGUGUUCCGCAGCCUGGACGACGCCACCGAGGCCGACUGGACCGAGGUCAAGAGCUCGGCGGACAUCAAGACGCAGAUGUGCGAGAAGGCCGAAGAGCUGGCCCGGAAUGCCAGCGGCGUUUCCCCGAGUUGGCUGACGUUCUACGACAGGGAGUACCUGGACAAGCUGUCAACAGUCAUCGAGGAUUCGCGCCAGAACAAGGUGACGGCCACCAACGAGAAGCUGACGCCUAUACAGGAGGCGCUCGCCAACGCCUACUACCGCCUGGAGACCGCUAAAAACAAGGUGGCGGCGGCGCUGAGCGAGGCUCGUGUCAUGGACGAGUUCCGUCAGUUGGUAGACGAGUCGCGCACCAAGUUCCAGCAGGAAAUGUCGAGUAUCGUGCCGGGCGUCGUGCUCGGCGAGAAGAACAGCAAGCUCUCGGAGGAGGAGCUGAACGUGCUGCUCGUGCACGCCUACCGCAAGGUGCUCUACCUGCAGAAGGAGCUGGCCAGGAUGCUGCUCCACCGCGCCUCGUGA